AGCACAGUUGUGUCCCGCACACCAAAUACCCGAAAAGGCUCACGGGUAUCCACGCGAGGUAAGCUUCACAAGAAAAACUUCUUUCGACUCGAAUAACUAUGGCUUCUGGUGGGUUUAAUCCUCCACCCAGCUCUGUACCGGUUAGCUACCCUGGGCCGCCGCCGGCCAUGUAUGCGGUUCCAGGAAUGCCGAUGCCACCUGCUUACCCUGGAAUGCCCACAUACCCACCACAACCCAUGCAGUUUCUGCCCGGCACUUUACCAGGAAUGCCACCACCACCCAUGUUUGCCCAAAUGAUGGCACCACAGGCGAUGACGUUCCAGCCAAUGCCUGUCUCAGCCACAGCUCCGCUAGUCACCCAGGGGUUAACUCAAGCUACAAGCAGUCCAGUUGUGGCUGCCAGGACCCCAUCACAAGAUUCAGAUAUGACUUCCUCAGUGCAGACCCCAGAGCAAUCAAAGCCAGAGGAGGAAAAAAAACCUAAGCCAAAGAAGAAAAAAGUCCCUAAGAAAAAGACCCCCUGGACAGAGCACAAAGCUCCAGAUGGGCGGACAUAUUUCUACAACAAUGACAGCAAAGUGUCAACAUGGCAGAAGCCAGAUGAACUUAAGACUCCUUCUGAGAUCAUUCUGGAUUCAUUCCCUUGGAAAGAACACAAAGCUGAUUCUGGGCGUGUCUACUAUCAUAACACGGAAACAAAGGAGUCUAUAUGGACAGAGCCCAAGGAACUCACAGAGUUGAAAGAAAAAAUCAAGGCAGAGGCAGAAGCUGAAAAUCAAGAGGAGGGAGAGGAAUCAGAAGAAGAAGAAGAGGAGGAAAAGCCGGCCACUCAGAAUGAAGCCAAACAAGAUACUUCAGCAACGAACACUCAAGCUGUGCCCUCUGCAAGUGCUGUCAAUACUAGUGAGAUACCAGCAGCGACUGUUGUGGAGAAAAAGGACUACAUUUAUGCAACAAAGGACGAGGCCAAGCAAGCCUUUAAAGAGUUACUAAAGGAAAAGGAGGUUUCCCCCGCUGCAUCAUGGGAUACGGCCAUGCGCCUUAUUGUAAAUGAUCCCAGGUAUGGGGCACUGAAAAAGAUGAACGAAAAGAAACAGGCAUUCAAUGAAUACAAAACACAGCGAGCCAAUGAAGAAAAGGAGGAGCACAGAAGAAAAGCCAAGAAGGCACGAGAGGACUUGCGGGUUUUCCUUGAGAACAACCGUCGCAUGCACUCCUCUGUGCGCUGGCGCCGAGCCUGUGACAUGUUUGAGGGUGUCCCUGAGUGGGAAGCAGUGCAUGAUAGGGACCGCAAAGAUGUGUUUGAUGAUGUGGUCUUCUUCCUGGCUAAGCGAGAGAAGGAGGAGGAGAAGGAACUCCGUGCUAAGAACCGCAAGACUAUGCUGGAGGUGUAUAACAGCAUGCCAAAUAUCACCUACAGAACUUUAUGGGCUGAGGCCCUGCAAAUGAUCAAAGACCACCCCACAUAUGGAGAAGAUGAGGAGAUCCAGAACAUCAACCGCGAAGACAUGCUGAUAGCAUAUGAGGACCACAUCCGGGCACUAGAGCAGGACCAGGAGGAAGAGAAGCUGCGUGAGAAGAACAGGACGAGGCGACAGCAGCGCAAGAACAGGGAUGGGUUCCUGUUUUUACUUGACGAGCUCCAUAAGAAGGGUAAACUACACUCGAUGUCGCUGUGGUGUGACCUCUACCCUACCAUCGGCUCAGAUGUGCGCUUUUCUAACCUUCUGGGUCAGCCAGGGUCAACACCCCUAGACUUGUUCAAGUUCUAUGUGGAAGAUCUGAAGGCCCGCUAUGUUGACGAGAAGAAAAUCAUUAAGGAAAUUCUCAAGGAUUGUAACAUUACUGUUGACACAGACAGCAGCUUCAGCGACUUUAGUGAACUGGUGCAGUGUGAUAAACGAAGCGCGACCCUAGACCCUGGUAACAUCAAGAUGGCCUUCAACCAUUUGAUUGAAAAAGCAGAAGCGCGAGAGAAAGAACGCCAAAAAAAGGAGGAGAAAGAGCAACGACGAAAAGAGAGUGCAUUCAAGCAAAUGUUGAAAGCGUUCUCUCCUGCCUUGGAGGCGACUAGCUCGUGGGAGGAGGUGCGAGAGCGCUGUGAAGCAGACAGCUCGUUCAGCGCGAUUACCUUAGAGGCUGACCGGAUUCGCAUCUUCCAGGAGUAUCUCGCCUCAUUAGAGGCAUGCUCCCACCACCAUUCAUCCAAAUCGCACAAGAAAAGCAAAAAGACAAAGAAGCACCGGAAAAGGUCUCGCUCACCCACUCCAGACAGCGGGGAGUCAUCACACUCGGAUGAGGAUACAAGUCGGGAUAGAAACCGUGAAAAGGAGAACGAUCGAGAAAGAGAAAAAGAACGUGAAAAGGAGAAGGAAAAAGAAGAGAGGGACAAAGAAAGAGAAAAAGAGAAAGAAAAGGAGAAAGAGAGAGAAAAGGAGAAAGAGAGAGAACGGGAGAAAGAGAGAGAUAGAGAUAAGUCUUCACACAAAAAGAGGAGGCAUAAGAGGUCAAGGUCACGGUCUAGAAGUGCAUCCACAGCCUCUGAAUCCGAUGCCGAAAAAGAGAGUAGUUCCAGGCGGAAAAAACACAAGAAGAAAUCAAAGAAAAAGCGACAUCAUUCUCCUUCGGCCUCCGAGUCCGACUCUGAAAAGCGUCCCAAGGGCAAGGAGAAGAGUCGCAAAGACGCGGAUGACAGUGACCAAGAGCGUGACAGAAGUAAGCGUGACAAGAAAGACCGCAAGGAGAAGCGUGACCGAAGGAGUAAAGAGAGGAGCAAAGAUGAGAGCAAGGAGGAGAGGAGGCGGUCUAAGGAGAGGGAGAAUUCCCCGGAUGCCAAGAAGGGCAAGGAUAAGGAAAACUCGGACUCUGGAUCAAGCGACAGUGAAACUGAGCUCGAGAAUCGUCGACGUGCCUUGCUGAAAGAACUAGAAGUAGCAAACGCGCGUUAGGGAUGAUAUGCGUAUUUUUUUAUCGACAAACUGGCUCGAAAUGACCUAAGUAAAUAGCCGCCUUUAUUUGAAUAGCUGAUACUAAGCUUAAACGUCGUACUAUCUAUGAGCCAUAUUCAAUGCAAAUACAUACAAAUAAAUAUAAACGAUUGACUUGAAUCGUUUGCAUGUAUUUGCAUUGAAUAUGGCUCAUAGAUAGUAAACCUAAAUAUCCUAAACCUAAUGGCAUUGUAUUGACUACGGCUCAUGGAUAAUGAGACGUUUGAACUUAGCCUGAUAAGAGCUUUACCCCGGUGUAAGAACCAUUUCCAGAUGACAUUUUUGUAUUUAGCUUUGUUUUCAUUACGAUUCGUUCUACCCAACAAAAGAAGCUUUGUAUCCUAAUUCGUGCGCAUACACAGGUUCUAAAGCCUCGUGCAAACUGCGCCAGCACCUGCCAGCAUUGCUGGCGAUUUUUCGCUUGACUGACUAUAGGACAAAGGAAAUGUCAAAAUGGGAAAUGGACUUUCUGACAUUUCCUUUGUCUUGUGGUCAGUCAAGCAAGAAUUCGCCAGCAAUGGUGGCCGGUGCUGGCACAGUUUGCACGGGGCUUUAUACCGCGGUAGAGCCCGAAUUAGAUUGAUAAGAUUGACACGUAAUGGAAUUUCAGCUAAGUAGAGCAUGAAAGCUACUCUACAAAACAAUGAAGCCAUAGAUUAAAUGGUCGUGCGCCAGGGUCGCAUUAUCGUGCCAAUAGAAAAGUUCGUCUGAUAAUGCGACGUUAGCACGCCGUUAAUUGAGCACAAAAUUGACGAGAAGCACGACACCACGUUUUCUGUGGAACAGCUCUUUGGUUCUCGUUCGGCUACGCCUUGUAAUCUAGGCCUAAAUGGACUAAAAAUGUAACUUUGUAGCAAGUGUGAAGACUGCGAGCCCUGUCUUGCAAAUCUUCUGAAAUAUACCAUUUUAAACCUUGAUGACGGUGCCUGUUGUCGGUUCGAGACAACUCCUUUUGCAAGAUAUAGUAUUGACAGUACACGCUAGUCUUGACAUUACACGCUAUAGCUUCACAUUACACGCUAGAGUCUUCACAAUACACGCUAGUCUUGACAUUACACGCUAUAGUCUUCACAUUACACGCUAGAGUUGAUGUUACACGCUAUAGUCUUCACAUUACACGCUAGAGUCUUCACAUUACACGCUAGGGUCUUCACAAUACACGCUAGAGUCUUGACAUUACACGCUAUAGUCUUCACAUUACACGCUAGAGUCUUGACAUUACCGCUAUAGUCUUCAGAUUACACGCUAUAGUCUUCAGAUUACACACUAGAGUCUUCAGAUUACGCGCUAGAGUCUUGACAUUACACGCUAGAGUCUUGGCAUAACACGCUAGAGUCUUUACAUUACACGCUAGAUUCUUCACAUUACACGCUAGAGUUGAUAUUACACGACAGUCUGCUUGUACUACGCUAAAAAAUCAACUUGGGAUCGCUGUUUUACAAACUCAUCAUUUUACCGAUGGCGAUAUCACAAGCUCCCAUUAACUAUUUUUAGAUCAUGUAAAUCAUAUUAUUUUAUAUAUGUAGUGCAUGCUAUGGAUAAGAAAAACAUUUAACAUUUGUUUAUGACCCUAAUGAGCCUCAAACAUAAAAAUUGACGCGAAA